GAUUGUACUGCGCCAAGAACUCGAGACCAAAAAUGCCAGUCUUCUUGAGGAAAGAGCAGAACUCAUGAAUGCUCUUGAUUCUUCAAAGGGCGGUAUGUCCGAAUUCAUGGAAAAGCAAGCUAAGCUUCAGGCGCAGAAGUCAGAACUAGAAGCUCAGUUAAAUGAUAUGUUAGAGCGAGUGCGAAAGGAAGAAGAAGCCUCUGGCCAGCUGAGUAAUGGCAAGAAGAAGUGUGAACAAGAAUUUGCAAACCUGAAAAAGGACCUUGAGGACCUCGAACUUGCCGUCCAGAAGGGCGACCAAGAUAAGGCCACCAAGGAACAACAAAUCCAGAACCUUAAAGAAGAGAUUGCUCACCAGGAGGAACUCAUCACCAAGGUUAACAAGGAAAAGAAACACCUUCAGGAAUGCAAUCAUAAGACUGCCGAGGAUGUCCAGUGCAUUGAGGACAAGUGCAACCACCUUAGCAAGAUGAAGACUAAGUUGGAAUCCACUCUUGACGAACUCGAGGAUUCUCUUGAGCGUGAGAAGAAGCUUCGCAGUGAAGUUGAGAAAUCAAAGAGGAAAGUUGAGGGUGACCUUAGGCUUACCCAAGAGGCUGUCUCUGAUCUGGAACGCAACUACAAGGAGCUUGAAGUAGCCGUUGAGCGCAAAGAUAAGGAACUUUCAGCUCUCACCGCCAAAAUUGAGGAUGAACAGGCUCUUGUAUACAGGGACCAGAGGCAGGUUAAGGAACUACAGGCUCGCCUCGAGGAGCUCGAGGAAGACGUUGAACAUGAGCGUCAAGCGCGUAGCAAGGCUGAGAAGGCCAAGAACCUUCUUUCUCGUGAAGUUGGAGAUCUUGCCGAGAGACUGGACGAGGCUGGCGGCGCCACGGCCACUCAGAUCGAGAUCAACAAGAAGCGCGAGAGUGAACUGGCUAAGGUUCGCCGGGAGCUCGAGGAAUCCAGUCUUCAGCACGAAUCUGGUCUUGCUGCUCUCCGUAAGAAGCACAACGACGCUGUUGCAGAGAUGUCUGAGCAGAUCGACUACCUGAACAAGAUGAAGGCCAGAACAGAGAAGGAUAAGGACGCGAUGAAGCGUGAUGCUGAAGAUGCUAGGGCUUCAAUGGAUGCACUUUCUCGUGAUAAGAUUGCUGCUGAGAAAACUACUAAGCAGCUUCAGCACCAGUAUGGUGAUCUCUGUGCUAAGCUUGAUGAGGUCAACCGUACAUUGAGUGACUUUGAUGCUGCCAAGAAGAAGCUCGCCUGUGAAAAUGGUGACCUUGUUCGUCAGCUGGAAGAAGCAGAGAACCAAGUUGGCCAACUUUCAAGGCUUAAGCUUUCCCUCACCAACCAGUUGGACGAUAGCAGGAAGCUGUGUGAUGAAGAAAGUAGGGCUCGCGCUACCCUCCUGGGUAAGUUCCGCAACUUGGAGCGGGAUAUCGAAGCCCUUCGUGAGCAACUGGAUGAAGAGAGCGAAGCCAAGGGAGACGUUCUUCGCAUGCUCUCCAAGGCCAAUGCUGAAGCUCUCAUGUGGCGCUCCAAGUAUGAUUCUGAGGGUGUUGCUCGUGUAGAAGAAAUUGAAGCUUCUCGCAUGAAGCUCGCUGCUCGUCUCGAGGAAGCUGAAAUGCAGAUCGAGUCUCUCAAUGUCAGAAAUCUUCAUCUGGAGAAGACCAAGAUGCGUGCUGCUGCAGAGCUGGACGAUCUGCAGGUUGCCGCUGAGCGUGCACAAAACUUAGCUAAUGCCGCCGAGAAGAAGCAAAAGAACUUUGAUAAGAUUAUUUCUGAAUGGAAGAUGAAGGUCGACGACCUUGCAGUGGAACUUGAUGCCUCUCAGAAGGAAUGCCGCAAUUACUCCACUGAGCAUUUCCGUCUCAAGGCUGCAUACGAGGAAAAUAUUGAACAACUUGACAGCAUCCGCCGUGAAAACAAGAACCUAAAUGAUGAAUCUAAAGACCUGAUGGACCAGAUCGGCGAGGGAGGUCGAGCAUAUCACGAAGCCCAAAAGAGUUGCAGACGUCUAGAACUCGAGAAGGAGGAACUUCAGGCUGCCCUUGAAGAAGCUGAAGCAGCUCUCGAACAGGAAGAGAAUAAGGUCCUUCGAACACAGCUUGAGCUCAGCCAAGUCAGGCAAGAGGUUGACAGACGUGUUCAGGAGAAGGAAGAAGAGUUUGACAAUACUCGUAAGUGUCACCAGAGAGCCAUCGACUCCAUGCAAGCUUCCCUUGAGGUUGAAGCCAAGGGUAAGGCUGAGGCUCUUCGCUUGAAGAAGAAGCUCGAGUCCGACAUCAACGAGCUCGAGAUUGCCCUUGACCACGCCAAUAAGGCCAACUCUGAUCUUCACAAACACUAUAAGAAGACCCUGGAUGACGUUAAGGAUAUGGAGGCUCGUGUUAAGGAAGAGCAGCGCCUUGCUUCUGAAUACCGUGAACAGUAUGGCAUUGCUGAACGCCGCUUCAACGCCCUUCACGGAGAGCUGGAAGAAUCCCGCACUCUCCUGGAACAGUCUGACCGCGGCCGCCGCCAUGCCGAGUCCGAGCUCAACGAUGCACGUGAACAAAUCAACACCUUCACCAGCCAGAAUGCAGCUCUUUCUGCCUCCAAGAGGAAGCUCGAAGGCGAAAUGCAAACCCUGCAGGCCGACCUGGAAGAGAUGCUCAGUGAAGCAAAGAAUUCUGAGGAGAAGGCGAAGAAGGCCAUGUUAGAUGCUGCUCGUCUGGCCGAUGAGCUCCGCUCUGAGCAGGAGCACGCUUUGGCCCAGGAGAAGAUGCGUAAGGGCUUGGAAGUUACCGUCAAGGACCUCCAGACCCGCCUUGAAGAGACCGAGAGCGCAGCCAUGAAGACUGGCAAGAAGGCGAUCAGCAACCUCGAAUCUCGUAUCCGUGAGCUCGAGGCUUCUCUGGACGAUGAGACUCGUCGCCAUGCAGACUCUCAGAAGAACCUGAGGAAGUGCGAGAGGCGCAUCAAGGAGCUGGCCUUCCAGGGUGAUGAGGACAAGAAGAACCACGACAGGAUGCAGGACCUCGUCGAUAAGCUCCAGCAGAAGAUCAAGACCUACAAGCGCCAGAUCGAGGAGGCUGAGGAGAUCGCCGCCCUCAACCUGGCCAAGUUCCGCAAGGCUCAACAGGAGCUUGAGGAAGCUGAUGUGUCUAUUUCUGUCAUUUAAGUACAAGCGAAAUACGAAUCCUGUUUCCCGAUCCUAAUAA